AUGGGAAUGUCCUUUAUUGAGAAUAAAUGUGAACCCCUUCUGUCAGCCACACUGCGCACAUAUCAAAAGGCCGCCUGUGACACAGAUCAAGUUGUAAUUGCAUGUCCACGUGGCACCAGCAUAUCGAUUGAGUUUGCACAAUAUAAUAAAUUUAUAGCCAAAGAUGGCAUAAGUAUCGAGGAGUUGUGUCCUGCCAACAGCGAAGGAACCAGUGAAAAUCGUUCUAAAGCUAAACACCUCCUACGUGGCUCUACGUUUGGCUCGCCAACCCAAAAGGUACCCGCAAAUCGUUAUGUUAAUGGCGCACAUUUAUCUGAAUUCACGGGCGCAAGUGGCACCACAGGCAGUCUAGGUGCUUCCACGAGCACGGAUGAUGCUUCAGCAUCCACAGCAACAACAACAAGCAGUGACAACGAUGACAAUACACCAGACAAUUGUAUGUGGCCGAAUGCUUUGCAGUAUUCGUUGCUGCAGACCGUUGUCGAAGCAUGCCAGAAGAAGAAGCAUUGCAAAUUCAAUGCUCGGCCACAGUUCUAUGGGCUGGGCGCCAGUGGCGUCGGCGAGAGUAGUGGCUCCUCCAGCACAUAUCACAGUACGACAGUCAGCACGAACAUCAUCAGCAUGGAUCCCUGUCCGAAGAGAAGGAAAAUUGUGGAAAUCGCAUACAAAUGCCGUCCAUAUGAAUUUCGUAGUAAGGUGGCUUGCCAUAACGAUGUGGCCCAACUGGAAUGUAACCCUUAUUCACGAAUUGCCGUUUAUAGUGCAAGUUUCGGACGGACGGAAUAUGAAAGCAUUCAGUGCCCCCAACCACAGGGCGUUCGAGAAGAAACUUGCUUGGCGUCGUAUGCCACCGAAACCGUUAUGCAAAUAUGCCAUGGACGUCGUAGAUGCAAUCUGGCCGCAGAUGCCAAUACAUUCGGUUCGCCAUGUCAACCCAAUUCACGGAUGUAUCUGAAAGUUGUUUACACUUGUGUGCCGAAACAAGUGCUCAUGGAUCGCUACGAAACAGAAAUUGAAGCAGAUGAACCAGAAGACUUCGAGGGCGAUGUUAAUGAUUUGUACGAUGAUGAAUUGUUCUACAAGGAGUCGGAGGCAAUUCCGAAGCUGUACAGUAACACCACAGUUCCGGCGGCACGCAACAAUGCCAGCACAACGCUGAAUGGAACCUACAAUGCAGUGACAAGUGUUAAUAGAGCCAAUAAUGCCACACUGGGCAUGUUCGAGGGUGAUAUGGGUGGCGUUAAUCCCGUAAUGACACACAGUGCCGACAUGACUCUGGAAGACGACCAGGAACGAUUGUUUGUUUAUCUUUUGACUGCUGGUUCUUUGGGUGUCAUACUCUGCAUAGUUGCGAUUGCGGUUAGGCUGGUGGUUCUCAAACGCCAUGAUAGUGCAACUGACACUCAUUCGACGUCGUCGGGCAAAGGAGGUCCGGUCACUGGGGCCUGCUCCGGGGGCAUGGCGGGUGUUGAAGGAGUCGCCGAGACUACAAUACCGAACGGUUUCAACGACACCAUUUCCGAAGUAGAUGCUGACAUCGAUUUGCAAACGCCAAUUCCGGUGCCAAGUGUGUCAAAGAAUGAGAAUUACAUUAGCUAUGCGCCCACCACAAAUCUUUACGGUACACUAGGACCGGGGAGUACUUUGCUGACGCACACUAACACCACGGGCACCAUGGUACCCGGCAUGAUGAGCAAUACAACAAUAAUGUGUGGACCACGCCAGUCACCCGAUAUUUUAGGCAUAGCUGCUCAAUCGUAUGCACCCACAAGCUGUACAAAUACCGGGUCAACAACUAUUGGCGGCAUACUUACGCCGGCAAUUGUUAUAGGAGCUGGCGGAGCGACAGUCGUCAGUUCCGGUAGUAAUGUGAUAGGCACCGUGGUUCCCAUAACUUCACUGGCACAGUAUACAACUGCCCCAACAUUCCGUUCGGGUUAUAUCCUGAACAGCGACAAUGUGCUGCAGAGACCAGCCAACAUUGCGACACCACCAACGUCGUUAGCAGGUGGCGAACCAACAUACCUAGGACAUCAGUAUCAGCAACAACAACAACAGCAGCCUCCAUUGUCAAUGCAAACAACCAGUGGUAGUGUUCUAACGCCAGCGACAGCCACACUGAGACGAAUGAAACAAACAACGCCUGCAGCUGCGGCCACCGCCUCACCUCCGCAUGUCCUCCAACAAGCUAUGGUCUCUGGCUCAAUAUCAACGUACGAUGGCAUCCCACCCCGUACCCUCUCGACCGGAAUGGCAGUGAAUUCACAAUUCUAUUACGAAUGACAGAACGACCUAGAACAACCAAACGAAAACAACAGCUCCGAGUAUACCACCACCGCCAGCAGCAGCACCAACAGUAACACGAACACAUCUGGGGCGAAGACAUCAUCUACAGCCUCAGCGGAGACCAGCUCCACCCCGACUACCAAAAGCAAAACAUCAGAGCCAUUGUAAAAGACGGCGAGAUUGUGAAAACCAUGCAUAGCAAUAAAAUGUCGAUUGAAUUGAUAAUGGAGUGGUGCGGACACGACGAACAAACCUAUCUAAAAUUCUUACGAACUGAACGGGACUGUUGUUUUAGUUAAUGGAGCAGUGGAGUGUGGACUGUAAGCAUGAAGAGACAAUAUUUUGAAAUUACAAAGUAAGCAAGAAGUAAGUCAAUCGAACCCGCACCGAUGUGUCCUGUUUUCAUCGUCUUCCACACAAAUCAACUACAAAAGCAGUCGCACACUACGAAGCAAUGGGGCCCGACAAAUGCCCAUUGGAAAGUACAUCCUUUGCUGGCUGGCGUCGGGAUGCUCUGCGAGAUGUUAACAAUUUGAGAGUGAACAUAUUGCUUUCCAAUAAGGACGAGCUUCCGGUAAUGUAAAUAGAUAUCAAGUCAGCUACUUCUAAGUAAAUACAACCAAUAGAGAGGCCAACACAAAGCCAAAAGCACAAACAGAAUAAUAUACAGUGAACUGAAAUAGAAAAACAUUCAUAUGUACAUACAUAAAUGAAUAGGUGGAUACGUACACAUGCAGAA